AUGCCUACGUAUCCUACUGUUCUGAACCAAGUGCGGCAUUUUGAAACCACAGCGGUUGCGAGUGGAGCAAGUAAUUGUGCUCUUGCUAUUCUGGGUGGCAGUACGGAAAUAUGCUGGAUCACGAAAAGAGUAUUGGAAGACCGCAACGGUUGUCCAGUCGCACCCAGCAUCCUUUUUGCUGGCCUGGUUGGAUCACAGGAAUGGGAAGGACAAAUCAUCAUGCAGGGCCAGGGAAAAUGCUACUCUGGGACUUCCGAUGCCCGCCUCGAUUUUGUUCAAAGACAGCCACCAAAACAACUCCCCUUGGUCCCCCCUUUGGCCCAGCUGUGGCAGUUCUCGACCCAACUGCCCUCUUCGUGGCAUGGAAGCUGGAGCGACCAAUCUCCGUCGUUCCUCGUGAUGACACAGACGGCUAAACAACAUGUCAACACCGGAGGAAUGUUGUUGUUGAGGGCAGCAGGGCAGAUUUCGGCUCAGCUGGUUCAUACGGUUCGGGCCGAACAAGAAGUUUCCCUGUCUAAGGAUGGAAAGCUAGAAGAGAUAGCCCAUUACGACCAGGCGUCAUGGGUCCAUGGCGGCGAAUUUGGCCCUGAGCAUCCGCUUUUUGAUGUUGACCAGCUCGAAGAACCUGCUGAGACAGACCAACUGUGCGGGAAAAGCAUUAAGACCCUAACCAUGUUCUGCUCGCAGCUGGCAGGGACAUUUGCGACAAGGUGUUGGAGUUUCAUGGCUUGGGUCUAUAUAUUAUAUAAUUACUCCUCAUACUCCCCUUCAGCCAAGGUAUCCGAAAGUGAUGAUCCAGCUCCAGAUAAUCUGGAGCCAAGCCAAAGGUCGUGGUCCCGAAUCAGUGGAAGAGUCAUCUCACUUCACUAG